GGCGGCGCGUGCGCCCACGUGACGUUUUCAACCGCGCUGCGCGGGACCUGCGCCGGCAGAGAGUGAGGCCGCGGGUGGGGGGGCGCGCGGCGAUCAGGUGACCCCAACCCGCACCCCGCCUCCUGUCAGCGGGCGCACGCUGCGGGGCUCGGCAGGGGGGCCGCGGGGCCAGCGGGGUCCUCGGGCGGCGCGGGGCCGGGCGGGGAUGGGGAGGCCCGGGGGCAGCCCUGCCGAGGCGGCUCGGGCCGUGCGUUGUCGCGGGGACCCUGUGGCACCGUCGCUCCCGGGACCGGGAGGGGGGAGGUAUGCGGGAAGCUCGGUGCCGCGCAACUCUGGGCCUGGUGGAAAUCCUCUGAAGCCCGUGCGAGACAAGCAGCUGCACGCUGCCAUACAGUGAGGGGACAGCGAAUGUAAAUCGUGUCCCAGAGUCGCUCUGCCUGUGUGUUAGGCCUCCCGAAUUCGGGCUGAGCGGUCACAGGAUGGGCUGUUGGCCCCGUGGACACCGCAGGGGUCUGUAAGCACUGGCUGCGAGCUGGGCCUGUCACACUGCUCAGAGAAAAGGAUUUAAGGAGACAUGGAACUUGAAAGAAUCAUUCGAGAGACACUGACAUGCUUCAUCCAGUCUCACAUCCCUGCUGCAGACCUCAGUGGGAUGGAUGAUGUUUUCUUCUCCUACAUUACGGGUGUCCUGGAAGAGCUGGGUUCGCCAGAGUCCUCUGAGGAAACCUUUGACAUGGACACCUUUGUGGAAAUGAUGGAGGCAUAUAUCCCUGGCUUUGCAGAAAUUCAGAGUGGAAAUGUUUGUGAAAUGAUGUUCUCUCUCUCAGAAAGGCUUGGUGAAGCACGUAACAAAGAAAAACCUAGCCAAAAAGCUGUGGAAAGCAGAACUGAAGUGCCCUCUGAAGACCUGCCCAAAGGCCAGGAGCCUGGAGCUGGAGUCUGCAAAGAGGAAACGCUGUGCACACCAACAGAUGGAGCCGGGGCCCAGGAAGGCAAUGACUUGAAGGGUGGUGUCGAGCUGCUCCUGGAGAUGUUCCCCGCCUGUACUGUAAGCCAGGCAGAGAAGGCACUAGCAAUGGCCCUGGGUAACUUGGAGGAAGCAGUGCAGUUAAUCGUGGAAGAGAAAGUGGAAAUCGGCGCAGCAGGUGCAAGUGUGAAGGAUCUGGUGCGGCCCCGCAGAGCGCCCAACCAUGAGGAACUAAAGCAGGUUAUCUUACAGAAAUAUAUGAUGGUGGAUAGUGCAGAAGAUCAGAAAACACAUCGACCAGCUCCACCGAAAGAGGCUCCCAAGAAGCUGAUCCGCUACAUCGAUAACCAGGUGGUGAGUACAAAGGGAGAGAGGUACAAAGACAUAAAGAAGCCAGAGAGUGAGGAGAUGAAGAAAACUUACAUCAGCCUCAAACCAGCCAGGAAGUACAAGUUCCACUGACAGCCAUGUCCUCCUGCUCUUCAGCUUCCACCUCACCGGCCAUGUGUGGAGGAUGGACGUGUGGCACUAGGGAUAAAGGGACUCCCCCACCCAACACUAACUGGAACUAACCUAGGAGCCAGGACACUGCUUUCAGCUUCCUGAACUAACCCAGCUGAUAAGGUCAUGCCUCCUCUCCUUGUGUAGCUGUCCUGCCCCAGGGCAUGCCACAAUGGUUGUUGGGAGCCUGGGCAUUCUCUGCUAUUCCUUGCAUGGGACAUUAGAUCUAAAAAUGUAGCUUGUGGUUUUGCAGCAAGCUUUUUAGAAAUCUCUGUGCACUGUUGCUGUAAGUGCAAGUGUUAAUAAAGAUGAUGUGAGUUGGUGUGUA